UUGUCGUUUUCUCUCUGUAGUUCUGGAAACAUGCCGAAGCACGUGGAGGUAAGGAUGCACGAAAGCCACCUGGAACCCAUUGAGGCGAGGCCAAACUCCAAAUGGGGCACAAUAUGCCAGAAGCUGCGCAAGAACCUGCUGCUCACACUGACUGUGAUGGGUGUGAUUUUGGGAGCUGUUGCUGGUAUGCUGCUGCGUGUAGCGUCUCCAAUCGAUGACAACAUUGUCAUGGUUAUUUCCUUUCCUGGAGAUAUUCUAAUGAGGAUGCUAAAAAUGCUCAUCCUUCCCUUAAUCAUCUCCAGCUUAAUCACAGGUCUUUCCGGUCUGGAUGCAAAGUCAAGUGGACGUCUGGGUUCCAGAGCCAUGAUUUAUUACAUGACCACUACUAUCAUUGCUGCUGUGCUGGGGGUUAUCCUAGUGCUCCUCAUCCACCCCGGAAAUCCUAAACUCAAGGAGAAUCUAGGAGAAGGAGCUGAGAAUGAUGAGGUUUCCAGUCUUGAUGCCUUUUUUGACCUCAUCAGAAACCUCUUCCCUGAAAACUUGGUUCAGGCUUGCUUCCAGCAGAUCCAGACCGUUGUGAAGAAAGUAGAAGUUCAGCCUGAUUUCGAUGACACCAACAGCACUGACUAUCUGUCAAAUGCCACCAAACCACCCCCUAUUUUCAAAGACAAGAAGUCUCUCCAGUUCAAGAGUGGAAUGAAUGUGCUGGGGCUAAUUGGAUUCUUCAUUGCCUUUGGUGUUUGUAUGGGCAAGAUGGGAGAGAAAGCUAGGCUCAUGAUUGACUUCUUCAGCAUACUCAAUGAGAUUGUGAUGAAACUAGUUAUCAUGAUCAUGUGGUACUCUCCCUUUGGCAUCGCCUGCUUGAUCUGUGGAAAGAUCAUCUCUAUUAAAGAUCUGGAAGUGGUGGCCAGGCAGCUGGGGAUGUACAUGGUGACAGUUAUUAUUGGUCUGAUUAUCCAUGGUGCCAUAUUCCUGCCAUGCAUCUACUUUGCAAUUGUACGGAAAAACCCCUUCUCUUUCUUCAUGGGUAUCUUCCAGGCUUGGAUUACAGCUCUGGGCACAGCCUCUAGUGCUGGCACUCUGCCAGUAACGUUCCGUUGUCUUGAGGAAAACCUUGGUAUUGACAAGAGAGUUACACGUUUCGUGCUUCCUGUUGGAGCAACAAUUAACAUGGACGGAACAGCCCUCUAUGAGGCUGUAGCUGCCAUUUUCAUUGCCCAGAUGAACGGAAUAGAUUUAGAUCCCGGUCAAAUCAUCACUGUCAGUCUUACAGCAACACUUGCCAGUGUUGGGGCAGCGAGUAUCCCCAGUGCUGGAUUGGUCACCAUGUUACUCAUUCUGACAGCCGUUGGACUUCCUACUCAAGACAUCAGUCUGCUGGUGGCUGUUGACUGGCUUCUGGAUCGUUUCCGUACCUCAGUUAAUGUGGUUGGAGACUCAUAUGGGGCUGGCAUCGUCUACCAUCUGUCCAAGGCAGAGCUGGAUGCUCUGGACGCCCAACAUGCAAAGUCUGAUGACAUAGAGAUGAUGACCAAGACCCAGUCCUACUAUGAUGACCUCAAAAACCAUCAUGAAAACAACUCCAACCAGUGCGUCUAUGCUGCUCAAAAUUCAGUCUUAUUAGAUGAUUGCAAGGUACAAGUCAUGCUUAAGGAGGUAACCUUGGCAGCCACAAACGGCUCAACUGCGGAGAACACACUCGUUGAGGAAGAACCUUGGAAAAAUGAUUAAUGCAAGCACACAGACCCCGGAACCCCAAAAGAGAGAGAAAAAAGCAACCUAUAUUCAUGAACAUAGAACAAAUGGGUUUUGUAGUUUAUUUCUAUGGUUUCUAUUAUUUUCUAACAUGUUUAACAAUAUCAUACUGUCUCAUGUAACUCACGAAAAUGAGGCCAAAAGCUCACAUAUGCAGCUGACAUAAUGUUAUUGAGGCAGUUACAUAAAUUAUUUGUGAUGCUAAAUAUAUACAUAAACUUCCAAACAUAUGUAUUUUGAAAAGGGGUGAAAAUUGAGGGAGAACAGACAGAUAACAUAGCUUCUUGCAGAGCCA